GAGUGUGGCCCCGCCUCCACCUCCUUCGUCGCAUCCUCUAGUGCACUUUCGGCUCCUUCCCCUUGCCGGGCCUUUCAGCUUGGUCUUUCCGGGCCUCGCUUCCCCCAGCCCCUGCGCCCGGCCCGAACGAGAGGUUCCGGAGCCCCGGCGCGGGCGGGUUCUGGGGUGUAGACGCUGCUGGCCAGCCCGCCCCAGCCGAGGUUCUCGGCACCGCCUUGAGAGCUUCAGCUGCCCCAGGGUGUGCAGGUUUGCUUUAGAGGGUCGGCGGGCGGAGCUUCGGGGAAGAGGAGCUCUGGGAGAGUCAUUCCGGCCAGUGGCCGGAGACCGUCGUCGCUCUUGGGAAUCCUUGGCCGCCCAGACAGAAGGGAAGUAGGCGCCGGAGAGCCCGUUCUGCAUUUUGAUUCAUCUCGGGCCCUAUUAGAAUCCCAAGAAAAUCAAAUGGCAUCCGGGGAUUUCUGCUCACCUGGAGAAGGGAUGGAAAUACUUCAACAAGUGUGCAGCAAACAACUUCCUCCUUGUAACCUGAGUAAAGAGGACCUGUUACAGAACCCAUACUUCAGCAAGCUUCUCCUGAAUCUCUCACAGCAUGUGGAUGAGAGUGGCUUAAGCCUCACCCUAGCAAAGGAGCAGGCUCAGGCAUGGAAGGAAGUUCGACUGCAUAAGACAACAUGGUUGAGGUCUGAGAUUUUACAUAGAGUCAUUCAAGAGUUGCUUGUGGACUACUAUGUGAAGAUACAAGACACAAAUGUAACUUCUGAGGACAAAAAGUUUCAUGAGACCCUUGAACAGCGGCUGCUUGUAACUGAACUGAUGCGGCUCUUAGGUCCUAGCCAGGAGAGGGAGAUACCUCCACUGCUGGGGCUGGAGAAAGCGGACCUUCUGGAACUCAUGCCACUCUCAGAGGAUUUUGUGUGGAUGAGGGCUCGGCUACAGCAAGAAGUAGAGGAGCAGCUCAAAAAGAAAUGUUUCACUCUGCUCUGCUACUGUGAUCCCAAUUCAGAUGCUGACAGUGAAACCGUGAAGGCAGCAAAGGUGUGGAAACUCACAGAGGUCCUGGUGGGUGAGCAGCAGCAGUGCCAGGAUGCCAAGAGCCAGCAGAAGGAGCAGAUGUUGCUGCUGGAGAAGAAGAGUGCUGCUUACUCCCAGGUGCUUCUCCGCUGCCUCACUUUGCUGCAGAGGCUUCUUCAAGAACACCGGCUGAAGACUCAAUCCGAGCUAGACCGCAUCAAUGCCCAGUACCUGGAAGUCAAGUGCGGUGCUAUGAUCCUUAAGCUGAGGAUGGAGGAGCUAAAGAUUUUGUCCGACACUUACACUGUUGAGAAAGUGGAAGUUCAUCGUCUGAUUAGGGACCGUUUGGAGGGAGCCAUUCACCUACAGGAGCAGGACAUGGAGAAGUCAAGACAGGUCCUGAACUCCUAUGAGGUCCUUGGGGAGGAGUUUGACAGGCUGGUGAAAGAGUACACCGUACUCAAGCAGGCAACAGAGAACAAGCGGUGGGCCCUCCAGGAGUUCAGCAAGGUCUACCGUUGAGCUCUGGCAGGGCCAGGAGACAUGGCUUCUGCAUAGCUGCUGCCUCCUAAUCUUCCUGCUACUGGGACCACCUUCACCUGGGGCUGCCUUCACUACAAGGGAGUGUGGAAAUGCUUACGCUUGAAACACUGCAGUCAUUUAGGCACUCUCCUGAUUUCUCUUUAUUUUUUAUGACUGGGCCUCUUCUGGAAAAUCUAGCAAGGAGAUUUAUAUAAUUUUUAUGCAUAGCUGUGUGUCAGUGUCAGCCCUGUAUUGUAUUUGAUUAUCUCCUGAAUAAAGUUAUGAUAUUAUAUCUUA